CCUCUCAAGCUUUAUUUUGAUAAUUAUUACAGGCACGACUCCUAUGAAAUCAGAAGUCACUCUGCUCGCUCGCCUCCUCGGUCCACAGUGGCAGCCUGCUUCUUUCCAAAUCUCUUUCAUUUAGACAUCGAUCAAGAAUCCUGCGUCAAACUCAGUAAUCGCCAUAGCUAAUAUUGUGUAGAGUAUUCAUCACAGAUUUAAGGAGGGAAAUAUGGCUCACAGGCUGCUGCGGGACACGGAGGCAGAUGGCUGGGAGCGAUCUGAUUUCCCCAUCAUAUGCGAGUCCUGCCUCGGCGAUAACCCCUAUGUCAGAAUGACAAAGGCAAAUUUUGAUAAAGAGUGCAAAAUUUGCACCAGACCUUUCACAGUUUUUAGAUGGAGGCCAGGCCGUGAUGCAAGGUACAAGAAAACAGAGGUUUGCCAGACAUGCAGCAAGUUGAAAAAUGUUUGUCAAGUGUGUCUGCUUGAUCUUGAGUAUGGAUUGCCUGUCCAAGUCCGGGAUACCGCUUUGGCCAUUAACACAAAUGAUGCUAUUCCAAAGAGUGAUGUUAACAGAGAAUAUUUUGCGGAGGAGCAGGAUCGAAAGGCUAGAGCAGGUAUAGAUUAUGAGUCAUCAUAUGGAAAGGCCCGUCCAAAUGAUACAAUAUUGAAGCUUCAAAGAACAACACCAUAUUACAAAAGAAACAGAGCUCAUGUUUGUAGUUUCUAUGUUCGUGGUGAGUGUACACGAGGUGCCGAAUGCCCUUAUCGACAUGAGAUGCCUGUUACAGGGGAGCUUUCUCACCAGAAUAUUAAGGAUCGAUAUUAUGGAGUAAAUGAUCCAGUUGCAGCAAAGCUCUUGAAUAAAGCUGGUGAGAUGUCAUCUCUUGCUCCUCCAGAAGAUGAGGGUAUAAAGACCUUGUAUGUUGGUGGGCUGGAUCAAAGAGUUACCGAAGAUGAUCUGAAGGACCACUUCUACGGGUAUGGUGAAAUUGAAUCCAUCAGACUAGUUUUUCAGCGAGCGUGUGCAUUUGUGACAUAUACUACCAGGGAAGGGGCUGAGAAGGCAGCAGAGAAUUUGUCCAACAAGCUUGUUAUUAAAGGGUUGAGGUUAAAGCUAUUGUGGGGGAAACCACAGGUUCCCAAACCAGAAGUUGAAAACCAGGGAGAUCAAUCUGCAAAACUUAUUUCUCAUAGUGGGAUGCUUCCAAGAUCUAUAGUAUCGCAGCAUCAGAGUCAAGAGCAGCCACAGAGUAGUCAGGAUCAGCCAUCUGUACAUUACUUCAACAUUCCUGCCCCACCACCUCCCUCUGAACGAGCUUUCUAUCCAUCCAUGGAUCCUCAGAGAAUGGGAGCUGUUGCUCCUGCACCAGACACUGGCAGCAGUAAGCAAGGCACAACAAAUGAAAUCCAGGAAGGGCAACCUUCCCAGCAAACUCUUUAUGGCCCUUCCAGUGGUUCAUAUUAUGCACCCCAGCAUUCUCAAGAGGGGCAAUAUCAUCAUUACUAUGGUCCUCCUUAUGGACCCCCACCUCCAUAUCAACAAUAUGCAGCAUAUCACCCAGCUCCUCCACCACCACCACCACCACCACCACCACCACCUCAUCAGUCAUAUUAUCCUCCACAAUUUUAACACGACUAUGGAUGUUUCAUUCUACAUUUGUUUCAUGUUAUCUUCAAAACCAUCAUCUGUUUUUUAAAGCAGAGGGCCUGUGCAACUAAUGGGCAAUUUUCAGUUUGGUUUGACCCUGUGUAAUUUAAGGGAUUCUGCAGGCAAGCAUAUCUUUGUACUUGGUUCUGUAGUUAACUGAAUAGUGAUUUAUUAUUACAUUGUUUUUUAUAAUCUCUUCUAUAUGGUAGUACAUUAAUUGCUUUUCCAAUUGAUUAAUGCCUACUUUGUAAUGUUCUUCA